UCUUUUCUUUUUUUUAAAUAAACCACCAAUCAUUCUUCUUCUUCUUAUGUUACGAGUCACUGUUAUCCUGUAAAUAAGGACAACAUUUAUGAUGAUCAUCCCUUGUCCUAAGAACUAAUUGUCCUUAAAACUUAUAUUAUUUGGAAGGCCUGUUCUUCUCUUACCCUCGAGAAUCUGAAUUUUCAGCCUCAACAAGGCUGACCCCUUGAGACAAAACAAGAACUUGAGGGACAAAAGAUGGGUGCAUGUUGUUCAUGUCAUAGAGGUACUGGGAAUUUUGAAGGUCUUUAUGUUGAGGAAGAAGCGGAAGGAAGAGAGGUUGAAGAUGAAAACAUCAUAUUGAGGGGCGAUGCAGGCGCUCGUAUCUGCCUCCAGGGAUCCUCUAGAUAUGUCUCUAUGUUCACCCAGCAAGGCAGGAAAGGGGUCAACCAAGAUGCCAUGACCGUUUGGGAGAGCUUUUCAGGCGAGAGAGACAUGUUCUUUUGCGGCGUUUUUGAUGGACAUGGACCCUCCGGCCAUGAGGUUGCACGUUAUGUUCGUGAUCUUUUGCCAACAAAAAUUUCAUUGUUAUAUAGACAAUCGAGCAUUGAAGGGAAGGAUGGUGUCAUGCGUAUUGACAAUAAUGCAACUGAUCACGAUGGCAGCGAAAAUCCUGAGAACAAAAAUCCACUUUUCUUGUCGUGGAAAAAUAGGUUGAUCAGGAGUUUCCAGGAGAUGGAUGAAGAACUUGAGGCUGAUUCUUCAAUUGAUAGCUAUUGCAGUGGUACAACAAGCGUAACUGUGGUUAGGAAGGGUGAACACUUGAUCAUUGCAAAUUUAGGAGACUCUCGUGCUGUUCUUUGCAAAAGGGAUGAAAAUAAUCAACUUGUUUCCGAACAACUCACAGUUGAUCUGAAACCUAAUCUUCCAGCUGAAGCAGAGCGGAUAGCAAGUCGCCAAGGCAGAGUUUUUGCGACCAACGAAGACCCAAAAGUGUACAGAGUGUGGAUGCCUGAUCAGGAUUGCCCUGGACUUGCCAUGGCAAGGGCUUUUGGUGACUUUUGUUUGAAAGACUAUGGCCUCAUCUCAACACCUCAAGUUACUUGCAGGAAGCUUUCAGAAAAUGACGAAUUCGUGGUCUUGGCAACUGAUGGGAUAUGGGAUGUGUUGUCGAACGAUGAAGUAGUAAAGAUUGUGGCAUCAGCAAGAAAGCGCUGCAUGGCGGCUAAACUGCUGACAGAGAAGGCGGUUAGGGCAUGGCGAUGCAAAUUCCCCUGCGCCAAGAUUGAUGAUUGUGCUGUUAUAUGCUUGUACUUCAAGCGCCAGCGCCCUGCGCUCACAAAAUCUGAAUCAGAAGUCACUCAUCUGAGCUUGAACUACACAGAGCUGUCGACGCAUAGUUAUGCUGCCAGCGCAAAAACUGAUGAUGGACUGGACACGGUUUUGAAUUGUGAUGUUAACGAGAGCAAGGCGGGUGGUGAGAGUGGAGGAGAACAGCCUGAUUCUGCGACAAACCGGCUGAGGAGGAGGAGGACGGCAAGGAAAGUUGGGAGUGAUGGGCGGGGGGAUUGAGAUUUGAUAAACAUAUCUUGUGUUGUUCAAAGUGUGUAAUUAGUGAAAGAAGUCAAGUACAAAGUGCAACAAAGAAGUGGUUAGCAAGAUGCCAGAAAAUGUUGAUUACCGAAAGUGUUAGAAGUUAAAUGGAUUUGUGGUGAUUAGGAGGGUAAAAGAAUGGAGUUUGAGCUGAAGAUGUUGUUGUUUUGAGGUUGGUUAUAUCAAAAUUUUCAACAUAGAAGGGGCGAGGUUUUAAUAAUACAAUCAAUGUUACAUGUGUGGGCUUUUUUGUUUCAUGUUCAACUAUAUAUUUCUUGUUUAUUCAUGCAAAAUGUGGUUGGGAUGCAAAGAGAAAGGGUAAUAAAGGCGUACAAACUAGAAGACAAAGAGGAAAGAAACGAAAAACUGAAAGAAUCUAUGAUGAAGAGAAAAAGAAGGAAACAAAAUCUGAUCAAAAUGUGACAACACAAGACAGGUGAGGCGGGUUUAUCAAUUAUCAUCGUUUAUUGUUUGUUUCUAUACAAAAAGAGAAAAAGAAAGGGAGGAUUAAGGAUUUGUCACUUGUCACUCACCUCCUUAAUAAUAAAAGAAAAAGGCAAGGAGAAGAGUUUUCCUUCUUUUCUAUAUCCAAAUCCCAAAACCUUCCACUUCCAACAACUUACAACCCCUCUCCCUCUCUCUCUCCCCCUCCUCACCAUCAUAUUACACAUUUUCUUCUUUCUCGUUUCCCAAAAUCUCAUCCAAGUGGAGAGCAGCAGAUUCAGAUUGUGCAAAUGAGGCUAAACUGAUCAAUGUUACAA